AUGCAGACCAUCGUUUAUCCACUACCUGCAAAGGUCAUCGAUCAGGUUAUUCUCCCAGGCUUCGCAAAUGCAGGUUCGGAUUUGCUUGACCCUGCAAACGCCCUUGUUCGUGCGGAAAUACUUGGGCGGCGGGUGGCGAGCCAAAUGGGCCUGCCCACCGACGCAGCCCAGUACCUAGGGCCCGAGGUGCCUGGGAGCUGCCCGUACUGCCAUCAGCUCAAGAUUGAAUUUCGACGAGGAAAUAAUGUUGUGUGCGUUGAGGAGGGUUCAGAAGUUAGCUGUAUAACCCUCAAGGGCAAGUGA